CAUUUUUUGGAGCUCUCCGAAGAUCCACUCGGUUCAUCCCACCACCCGGCCGGCUUGCCAUUGACUCGGUGCUGCCCUUGCGACUGCCAGAACCUCCGAACUGGAGCGCCGCGUCUCUUCGCCAAUUCCGGUUCCGCAUCGUGACGACGGCCACCACCCUGCCGACGACGACGACACUCACCACGAUGUUCGCCCCAAGCCGAAGGAGGGUCCUUGAGGCCGUUGCCUCUUCCUCAUCUUCUCCCGUCGUCACACUCCCCGGCUUCCUGGUGCCCGCCUUCCAACAGACUGCCGGUGCCGCCGCCCGGCGCAACUUUUCCGCGACGACAACCCGCCCGUCCAAGCUCGGCCGCACCCCGCUCAGUAUCCCUCCUGGCGUCGAGAUCACCAUUGGCGAGCCCUUCGUCAAGCGCGACAUGACGCAGUGGAAGCAGCAGCCUAAGCGCAAGAUUACGGUGCAGGGCCCGUUGGGACAACUCGAGAUGGACAUUCCCGACUUCAUCAAGAUCGACCACGACGCCGAGGCAAGGAGAGCGACCCUCAGCGUAGCGAACCGGGACGAGAAGGAGCAGAGAGAGAUGUGGGGAACAACAUGGGCGUACCUCAACCGCUUCAUUAUGGGUGUAUCAGAAGGUCACACGGCCGUGUUGCGUUUGGUCGGUAUCGGUUACAGAGCUACAAUCGACACCCGCCCCGAGAAGGAGGAAUACCCCGGCCAGCAGUUCGUCUGCCUCAAGCUCGGUUUCUCCCACCCCGUCGAGAUGGGCGUUCCCAAGGGCAUGAAGGCCAGCACGCCGCAGCCGACAAGAAUCCUGCUUGAGGGCAUCAACAGAGAGCAGGUCAUGACCUUCGCCGCUGAUAUCAGGAGGUGGCGUGUACCGGAACCCUACAAGGGUAAGGGUAUCUUUGUCAACGGCGAGACCAUCAAGUUGAAGCAGAAGAAGAUCAAAUAGAGGACGCGCGGUGGGUUUUGGUGGCUGAUAUGGUUGUUGAUGAGGAUAAGGGGGGAAUAUUGUACAUUUAGUCUAUUAUUUUUUUUGGCACACACAUGGCCUCAUAACGGCCCGAUACCUGCCAUAACCUGUACACUAUGACACCGAGGCUUUACUGCUGCCCGAGAACUUCCUGAACGACCUUGAUGACCUGGUCGUGGACCGCAGCAGGCGCCGCAAUGACACCCUUGUUUUCAGCCAACGUGCGGCCGACGCUGAAAUCCAGGCGGUUUCCACUCACGUCGGUAACCUGACCACCAGCCUCACGCACAAUCAGAUCUCCAGCAGCGUGAUCCCAGAUCUUCUCCUGGUAAGACUUGGAAGUAGGCAGACGGAGGUAGAUAUCACCCGCGCCGCGAGCAAUAGAGCCGUACUUGGCCUGGGAAUCCAUGCGCACACUAGGCUUGGUGAUCCCGAGCUUCUGCGCAAUCUGUCCAGCCACGCCCUGAUCCGAGUGACCCGCCUCCACGCUCUCGCAGAAGCUGGCGUUGGACAUCUCUGUAAUAGGCUUCAUCGCAAUGGACUUGCCCUCCGCAAGACCGGCGGUGCCCAGGGGUCUGCUAGUCGCGCCUUGGCCCUGAACGGCCGAGAAGAUGACACCCCGGCCCUCAUCGGUCGCAUUGGUGCCGAUAUCCGCAGCCAACGGCGCAGCGUCGUCCACAGGCAGGUUCGGGCAACCGAGAACACCGACCUUGACGUCACCGUCCACCAUCAGUCCCAAGCACACGGCAUACUGUCCACCGCGCAGGAAGCCCUUGGUGCCGUCGAUGGGGUCGAUAGUCCAUAUCCUGCCCUUGGCGCCGCCCUUGCUGUUGCCCUGGUCGAUGAUCUCCAGCAUCGCGUCGGCAUCCUUGAUGGCGCCGCCAAGGAGUUGCUCGGCAGCCUCAUCGUCAAGCUUGGUGGACUUGACGAGCUCCCAGAUCUGGUCCCGCAGGGGGGUGUCCUCGCGCAGCUGAGCGGCCUCCUCCUCAGCCACAAUCUCGUCCGAAGGAAAGUUGGCCUUGAGGGCGCUGAUGAUGAGCGCCUGAGCGCCAAAGUCGCCAAUGGUCACAGGGGACUUGUCGUCCUUGGAAACGGUGCCCUUGGCCUUCUCGUGGAAGACGCGCUUGGUGAGGCGGGCGGCCCGCUGGACGGCGAGCUGAGCUACCUCGAGCUCCUUUGCGUACUGGGAAGAGGCCAUCUUCUGUGUAGAUGUAGUUGUAAUGGUUGAGCGGCUGGUUGCUGUGAUUGUGUUGGCACUGCCAGUCAAAUGGCUCGCAAUGAGGGAAAGCCGGGGAAAGGAGAUGCGGGAACUGAAGAUAGCCAGGAUGAGGACGAUGAGGGAGAAAACGAAGAGAAUUUUGGAGUAGAAAGUAUGGGACGAUGCCUUUUUCUGCUGUUUGAUCUUAUCCACAGUCAUACAGCCGCGAGAGGAUCGAUAAACCUCGGGGAAUUUUCAAUCCGUAACCGGAAUACGUAUUCAGUCCAAGUUGUUGAGUGGUUGAACUUGGGAUUCUGGCUGUCAAA